GACGCCAAGGAAGGGGUCUUUCAGUCGGAUGUGCGUGCGCUUGUUUAGAUUGCGUCACGAACACGUGAAUUCAGCAGGAGCUUAGAAGUGCAGUUUUUUAGAUAGUCAGUCAAAACGCAUCGCAGGUUUAUAUCCAGAGUUGUAUGCGUGUCCAACAUGGGCAGGAGAAACAGAAACAGACAAAGACCUCAGCAGAACAGAGAUGGAAGACCAGAGGCGAAAAGAAGCAGAGAUGAUGCUGGUUGGGGAGCUGGAUACUCUGAGAUCAUCAAGGAAAACAAACUCUUUGAGCAUUACUACAAAGAGCUAAAGAUUGUUCCUGAGGGAGAGUUUGAGGAGUUCAUGGAGGCCAUGAGGGAGCCACUGCCAGCUACAAUACGGAUCACUGGAUACAAGAGUCAUGCCAAAGAAAUCCUUCACACUCUUAAAGAGAAAUACUUUAAAGAGGUUCAAGAUCUCGAGGUGGAUGGGCAGAAGAUUGAGGCUCCUCAGCCCUUAAGUUGGUAUCCUGAUGAACUGGCGUGGCACACUAACCUGAGCAGAAAGAUUCUGCGCAAAUCUCCACUCCUGGAGAAAUUCCACCAGUUCUUGGUCAGCGAAACUGAAUCGGGAAAUAUUAGCAGACAGGAAGCAGUCAGUAUGAUUCCUCCUCUUCUACUGAAAAUUGAGCCUCAGCAUAAGAUUCUGGACAUGUGUGCAGCUCCAGGAUCAAAGACUGCUCAACUAAUAGAGAUGCUUCACUCUGACAUGGAUGUGCCUUUCCCUGAGGGUUUUGUAAUUGCCAAUGAUGUGGAUAACAAGCGCUGUUACCUGCUGGUCCACCAGGCCAAGAGACUGAACAGUCCAUGCAUUAUGGUGGUCAACCAUGAUGCCUCUAGCAUUCCACGUCUGCACUUUGAUCAGGACGGAAAGAAGGAAGUCCUGUUUUAUGACCGGAUUCUGUGUGACGUACCCUGCAGUGGAGAUGGAACGAUGAGGAAAAACAUUGAUGUGUGGAAAAAAUGGACAACCAGCAACAGCCUGCAGCUUCACGGGUUGCAGAUCAGGAUCGCAGUGCGAGGUGUGGAGCAGCUGGCAGUAGGGGGUAGGAUGGUGUACUCCACCUGCUCCCUGAACCCUGUCGAGGAUGAAGCCGUCAUCGCUGCCCUGCUGGAGAAGAGUGAAGGUGCUUUGGAGUUAGCAGAUGCCUCUGCAGAUCUCCCAGGACUCAAAUAUAUGCCUGGAAUUACAUCUUGGAAGGUAAUGACCAAAGAGGGUCAGUGGUAUUCUGACUGGUCAGAGGUGCCAACGAGUCGACACACUCAGAUCAGACCCACCAUGUUUCCACCAGCAGACCCAGAGAAGCUGGCCAAUAUGAAGCUGGAGAGAUGUGUGAGAAUAUUGCCCCAUCACCAGAACACUGGCGGGUUUUUUGUGGCUGUUUUGGUGAAGAAGGCACCAAUGCCAUGGAACCGCCGUUUUCCAAAGCUUCGUAAUAAGGAUGUGAACUCCUCCAGUGAGGCGGCUCCUGUAGAGGAGCCGCAGAUGGGAGAGCCUCCCGCUGACGUCCCACCAGCAGACAGCUCGUCGGCUGACACCCCUGUGGAAGCAGUGGAGGGCGAGACCCCUGCAGAGGGAACCCCGUCUGUCCCAGAUACGCCUGACCCUUCAGAGGUCAAGAAAGAUAAUGUGUGUGGCCCCCCUCCUCCAAAGAAGAUGAAACUCUUUGGCUUCAAAGAGGAUCCUUUUGUGUUUCUGACAGAGGAUGACCCCAUCUUCCCUCCCAUCCAAGCCUUCUACGACCUGUCUCCAGAUUUCCCCAAGCUUAACGUAUUGACUCGAACCCACGAAGGAAAGAAGAGGCACCUGUACAUGGUGUCCAAAGAGCUGCGCAAUGUUCUGCUCAACAACAGCGAGAGAAUGAAGGUUAUAAACACAGGCGUGAAGGUCUGGUCCAGAAAUACGGAUGGAGAACAGUUUGGUUGUGCGUUCAGACUGGCUCAGGAGGGUAUUUACACACUGUGCCCCUACAUCAGAGCCCGAAUCAUUAACAUCAGCGUGGAGGACGUGAAGGUGCUCCUCACGCAGGAGAACCCCUUCCUCAGCAAGCUCGGAGAUGAUGCUCACAGUCAGGCCAAGAAACUUGAAAUGGGCAGCAUUGUUUUACGAUACCUACCGGAUCCAAAGGAUCUCAAUGCUCCUCAGUGUCCUAUAGAUUUGUGUGGCUGGAGAGGAAAAACUUCCAUCAGGGCUUUCGUCCCACGUAAUGAGCGUCUUCAUUACCUCCGCAUGGUGGGGGUGGAAGUCUUCCGUGACAAACAGGGCAAGAGGAACGACGGUUCAACAGAAACCCAGGAAGGAAGCACAGAAGAUGCCGAGGGACUGAGCCAAGAGGCAGAUCUCUUGGAACAGGAAGGUGAAGAAACGGAGCGAAACUGUUCAGAGUCCGACGCUAACGGCACAGAACCUGUUAGCAGCACUUGUGACGGGCCUGCGAGCUAGUUACCUUAGUAGUUAGUAUGAGUCAGGAGAAAAAUGAAAGGCUUCACUAGGCCUUAAGUGUUUUUUUCCAGACUACACACUUGUACAGGAGAUUGGCUAACUUCUGAAGAAACGAUCUGGUUUUUAUUUUAUCAGAGCUUUUUUUAAAAUAUUGAUUAAAGCAUUUGCUGUUUGAUAUGUUUUUAUAGUUUAUGUUGUUGUUCAAGGGACAAAUCUAAUGGUCUUACAGUGCAUUUCAUUUUCUCAGAUGCUUCUACAUGAUUUACACAUUGUAUAUUAUGUCAUUUUUGUUCCUUGUUACAAUAAACUCCAUUUGUCAACA